UGUCUUGAAUUAACUGAAAACAAUAAAAGUAGUGACCAGUUAUUAAUUGAUUUAGUAAGGUCAUAUCCAUAUUUGUGGAAUAAACAAACAAAAGAUUAUAAAGAUGCUGCCAAAAAAGAAACGUCUUGGGAAGAAAUUUCCACAAUUCUGAAUCAAUCUGUGAGUACUUGUCAAAGUAGAUGGCAAAGACUACGUCAAUAUUAUGCCAAAGAACGACAAAAGCAAGAAUUGGAAGGAAGAAGCGGAUCAAAGGCAGUUAGCCGAACGCCUUGGUAUUUAUUUAGUUCGAUGAAUUUUUUGGAGAGUCACAUGUACAAGAGAAAGACUUAUACUAAUUUAAAAAAAUCUACAGCAACAUCUCACAAUGUUAACAAUAAUUCGACGAAUAAAGAUCAAUCUGCUAGUUAUGAUUUAUGUGUAACAGACAUAUCAGAUAAUGGAAACAGUAGCAGAGAAUCAUUUGUGGAUGUAACAAAAACUGAUAUAUCAGAUAAUGGAAACAGUAGCAGAGAACCAUUUUUGGAUUUAACAAAUACGGAUUCUGAAUCAGCGCCAGAUUCAACAUUAUCAUUAAACAAUUUUAAAUUCACUAAAUCAAAGAAAAAAGUAAUUUCUGAUAUUUUUGAGGAUUCUUUUAGAGCUGUUUCCGCAUCG